AUGGCGACAUUGUCUCCACAUACCUAUGAAAAUGAGAUAUAUGCAAAUGGGCUCAAGGGUAUCAAGCCCCCCAUCAGCUUCAAUCCACUUGAAUGGGAGUCCCAAGCCAAGGAGGUCUUGUCUACCGAUAGUUUUGGCUAUGUCUGGGGCUCUGCUGGUCUUCGCGAGACCGACGACAACAAUCGAGCAGCCUUCCGCAAGUGGGCUAUCGUUCCAUCUCGCUUGGUCAAAUCAGAUUUCCCAAGCCUGAAGACGACUCUGUUCGGGGAAGAGUACGACUAUCCCAUCGCCAUCGCACCAGUGGGAGUCCAGCAAAUAUUUCAUCCUGAUGGGGAGAUAGCUGCAGCCACGGCGGCUCACAAGCAGAAUGUCACGUAUAUCCUCAGCUCGGCCUCAUCCACGAGUAUUGAAAAUGUUGCAACUGCGAAUGAGAACGGGUCUCGCUGGUUCCAGCUCUAUUGGCCUUCCAGCGAGCAUGAUGAUAUCACUGUUAGUCUGCUGCAACGAGCCAAAGCAUCAGGGUACAAGGUUCUGGUGGUUACUCUUGAUACCUACAUCCUCGGAUGGCGCCCUUCAGAUCUGUGUAAUGCUUUCAACCCUUUCCUCCGGCCUGACAACAUCGGCGUCGAUCUCGGAUUCACGGAUCCAGUCUUUCGUCGUCAGUUCCGGGAGCGUCACCAGAAAGAUGUAGAGGAGGACUUAGGAACUGCGGCAGCGGAAUGGGCCCGGACUAUCUUCCCUGGCACCAGUCAUUCCUGGGAGGACCUGGAACUUCUGCGGAAGCAUUGGGACGGACCAAUCGUCCUAAAAGGUAUUCAGACCGUCCAGGACGCGCGGCGAGCCGUUGAUGCUGGAAUGCAAGGUAUUGUCGUCUCCAAUCAUGGAGGUCGUCAACAGGACGGAGGCAUCGGCUCGCUCGACAUGCUUCCUGAAAUCGCAGAGGCCACCAAAGAUAAGCUGGAAAUCAUCUUCGACUCUGGGAUCCGGAGUGGCGCCGAUAUUGCCAAGGCGCUGGCACUGGGUGCCAAAAUGGUCCUCAUCGGUCGUCCGUAUGUUUACGGUCUGGCUAUCGGUGGUGAAGAUGGCGUGUCUCACGUCCUUCGCAGUCUCCUUGGUGACCUAGAAUUGACACUCCACCUUGCCGGCAUUCCAUCGGCUUCGCCUGAGACGUUGAAUAAGAACGUGCUGCGUCGGUUGACCCAAUGA